AUGUAUAUUGAAUAUGCCUUUUCAAUGCACAAAGAACAACCAUUUGGAGGCUUUGAACAGAUUUCAACUAGUGCAUCAUCUGCUAAAGAAGAGUUUGACCCUGAACAAAGUAAAACUGUAAAUACUAUUCAAAACAGAAAGAGAAUAAAACUGGAAGACACGAGUAUUGAAACGCACACAUGCAACAUAGCCGAGUCCCUAUCUGAUGAUGAAUCGUUCCUAGACUCACAGUCACAAAGUUUGUCACAAAUUUCUUCUUGGAGUCAGGAAAAUAUGGAAACAUCUUUAUCUGACCUAAAUAAAGGAAUUGACAUCAUAAGUAGAGGCCAUUCAAGUCCUGUCAAAUUUCAAGUGAGAAGUGAUAUAAGUAGCCUAAAACCUUCCACGAAAAGAACUGUGAAACGUAAAGUAGUUUCAGCCAUUGACACUGUCCUUAAUGGUAUAGCUCCAGGUCAAAGUCAGGCACUUUUUAAGAUGAUUCAAGAUAAAGACCCAGAAUCUGCCAACUCAUCUGAACUUCAAGAGAUCAUUGUAAAGAUUCAUCUGGAGAGUACAGACAGAAACACAAAACAGCAACUUUUGUCAUUGAUUGCCUUGUCACAUACUAAGAAAGAUCUUCAACAGCUUAUACCUGGGCUGACAGUGUAUGCAAUAAAUGAAGCCAGGAAACAUGCUAAAACUAAUGGCCAUGGUGCUAUAAUACCUAAACAGCUCCCAGUCUUUCGACAUAGGAUGGAUAAAGACAAGUUAGACCAUGCCUUAGAUUUUUUCUUCAGUCCAUCAUUUCACUAGGUCUCAUCCUUUGGUGUAAAGGAAAUGAAGUUGGACAAUGGAAAUACAGUAACAAUACCUGAAGUAGUGAGAACUGCAUGUCAUGCCACUCUUAUAAACGUG